AUGAGGGCUAAGCAGUUUGUCGAGUUCGGCAAGAAGAUCAUUGCGGUCGGGAAGAACUAUGAGGCACACGCGCGCGAAAUGGGCGCAGCCUCGGCCCCGAAAGACCCUGUGCUUUUUCUCAAGCCCACCCCCAGCUACGUGCGCAACGGCGGCAGUGUGCUGCUACCCCCUGGAGUUGGGGUGGUGGUGAUCGGCAAGGGCGGAAAAGAUAUUGCCGAGAGCACCAGCAUGGACCACAUCGCCGGCUACGCGUUGGCGAUCGACAUGACGGCGCGCAACCUGCAGGCCAAAGCCAAGAAAGCGGGACUGCCAUGGGCCCACGCUAAGGGCCUCGACACCUUCACGCCAAUCAGCGACUUCAUCCCGAAGUCUGCGGUGCCUUCGCCCCAUGAUCUCAAUCUGUGGCUGAAGGUGGGCGACGAGCUGCGUCAGAACGGCUACACUGGUGACAUGGUGCAUAACAUCCCUUUCUUGAUCUCUUACGUGAGCCGCAUCAUGACGCUGGAAGAAGGAGACCUACUCAUCACGGGCACCCCGGAAGGAGUUGGCCCAGCAGCGCAAGAGCCCAACAUCCACGAGCUUCAACACAUUUUCUGGUCGUUCGGCGAAGUUGGCGAUAAUCUGAGUUACAUGGAGUCGCGUGGGAGCGAGUGGAUGAAAGGCGAACUGUCCCAAUGCUGUCAGUAA